AUGGGAAGCCCCAUGGUCACCGCCUUUCUACCGCUGCUGCUCACCGGGGCUGUGGCCUUAACCCAGGUCCGAGCUGGCUUCCAUUCUUUGCAGUUCUUUGCCACCGUUGUGUCCCAGCCUGGUCUGAGGGAGCCUUCCUUCAUCUUCGUCGGCUUCGUGGACGACACACGGUUCCUGUGCUACAACAACCAGGCGGAAAGUCAGAGGAUGGAGCCUCGCGCACUGUGGGUGAGGCAGAUGGGGCCUGAGUAUUGGGAGCGGCAGACUAGGACCGUCAAGGACAUUGCAAAGAAUUCCCUAGUGAACUUGCGGGAGGCGAUGGGCGUUUACAACCACAGCGAGGAUGGCUCUCACGUCUUUCAGUGUGUGUCUGGCUGCGACGUGGGGCCAGAGGGACUCUUCCUCCGCGGGUACGAGCAGCAUGCCUACGACGGCCGCGAUUACCUCGCCCUAAACCAGGACCUGAGCUCCUGGAUUGCCGGCGACACCACGGCGCAGAUCACACUGCGCAAGUGGGAGGAGGCUGGUGUCGCCGAGCAAAGGCGAUCCUACCUGAAGGGCGAGUGUGUAGAGUGGCUCCGCACCUACCUGGACAUUGGGAAGGAGCCUCUGCUACGGGCAGAUCCUCCGAAAGCACACGUGACCCAUCACCCCAGACCUGAAGGAGACAGCACCCUGAGGUGCUGGGCCCUGGGGUUCUACCCUUCAGACAUCACUCUGAUGUGGCAGAGGGAUGGGGAGGACCUGACCCAGGACAUGGACCUUGUAGAGACCAGGCCUGCAGGGGAUGGAACCUUCCAGAAGUGGGCAGCUGUGGUGGUGCCUUCUGGGGAGGAGCAGAGAUACACAUGUCAUGUGAACCAUGAGGGGCUGCCUGAGCCCCUCACCCUGAAAUGGUACCCUCCUAAGAAUACCACCCCUACCAGUGGAAUCAUUGUUGGCCUGGUUCUCCUUGGAACUGUGUCCACUGCAGCUGUGGUUGCCAUUGUGAUGAGGAAGAGCAGAGGGUCUUGCACUGCACCCCAGGCUGGCCUGGAACUCACUGUGCAGAUGUGAUGCUAAUCUUCACUGUCAACGUGACUGGAUUUAGAAUGUCCCAGGACUUGGAUUCUGGAGACAUCUGUGAAGGUGUUUCCAGAGAAGAUUAUCCAGGGAGGGGAGAGAUGCAAUGAUUGUGUGUGGCAUCAACACUUGAUUUGGGGGUCCAGACUGAAGACAAGAGCAAAGGGAGAAAGCCAGAGGAGAGCCAGCAUUCCCACACUCUGUUUCCUGAUGCGUGGGGAUGGGAGUCUUCCCAGCCACUCUCUCCAGCUGCCAUGAACUCCUCCAUGUCUUUCCUGCCAGUGUGGGUUGUUAAAACCAGAA